AGCUGGAGGGAAGUGGGCGCCCGCGAGUGGGGCAGCUGGGGUGGCAGCAGCAGUGCCAGGGGCACUGGGUGCACUGGGAGGGUUCCGGCAGUGCUAACGGGACCGGGCGACACUGCAGCGCUCACCGAGGCAGCUGGGGGCCGGGGUACGAUGACGCGGGAGUGGCAGGGAGGCAGAGGGUGUGGAGGGUGCUCUUGGCUGGGGUAACUGGGGGCCUGUGUCGGGGAACCCCUUCCCCACUGACCCCCAUGGCAGGGCUGUCCUCAGGAUGCUGGCGCGGGGCCGGCGCCUGCUGGGCUACUGGAAGCCGCUGUUCAGCGGCCGCCUGCUGCUGCUGACCAACACGGCGAGCUGCGGCGUGCUGCUGGCCACCGGCGACACGCUGCAGCAGGCCUGGCACCGCCGGCGCCACCCGGACAGCGAGCCCCAGCUGGCCCGUACAGGGCGCAUGUUCGCCGUGGGCUGCAGCAUGGGGCCCCUGAUGCACUUCUGGUACCUCUGGCUGGACGCUGCCUUCCCUGCCCGCGGCGUGCGGGGCAUGAAGACUGUGCUGAAGAAAGUCCUCAUCGACCAGCUGGUGGCAUCGCCUGUCCUGGGCGUCUGGUACUUCCUGGGCAUGGGCACCCUGGAGGGACAAUCGCUAGAGGAGAGCUGGGAGGAGCUGAAGGAGAAAUUCUGGGAGUUCUACAAGCUGCUCAACUUCCUCUUCGUGCCGCCCACGUUCCGAGUGGUGUACGUCAACGUGGUCACGCUGGGCUGGGACACCUACCUGUCCUACCUCAAGCACCGGCCUGGCAAUCCCCCACGCCCCGAGCAGGACUCGCCGCGGCAGAGCCCACGUGGAGUGGAGAUGUAGAGUGAGCUGCUUCUGAGAACCACAGCAUUCCACAGCCUCCUGCCCACAGUGGGUGGUUUUCUGGGCAUCGCAGUGGCUGUGGCUCAGUGCACCCAAGGGAGGUGCCAGAGACCACUGCAGCUGGGCCUGGCAGCUGGGCCAUCUGCCCUAGGUGGUCAGAGCUGCAGCUCAGGAAGACGAUUUCUGUUCACCCACAGGAGCUGCCACAGCCACACUCAGCCUCUGGCUGCCCAGGGAGGGUCCUGGUGCUCUCCCUCUGCUCCAGCCAGGUGCUGCACCCUUCUCCAGGGCAAGGCUGGCCCUUUGCUCCCCUCCAGCACCCUCCUCUGCUCCCAUCCACCCAGGCGCCUGCCUUGCUCCCUCCUUGGCUGCGUGGCAGAGCGUUGCUGCCUCUUCCCGGUCCUUUCCCUGCUGCCUCCAAGCUGAAGACGUCCCUCAGCUCCUUUUCACUCCACCUGGCACCCACCUCCCUGGUGCCAGGCGUGGGCAUGGCUGCAGCCGCCCCAGUGCUAUAAAAAUCAGGCUGUGAGCGCUGCGGUAGCGUCGCCACGGAGGCGGCUGGGGGGUUUCUAAGGCAAAGUUCUGGCAGCAUUUGGACCUUGGCAGCACUCUUCGUGGCAGCCCUGCAGCUCCCUGGGGUGAGCUGGACACUCACACCAUAACCCAGGAACUUACUUCCAGCAGUGAUGGAAAA